AUGUACAUCUUAGUCAAUCUCUUUGUUCUCUUCCUCUUCCAGAGCAGAACCGCCGCACAGAAUUGCUCGGUCACGGCUUGCGGCGGUGGCAGCAGCAUCCCAAUUCGGUUUCCCUUCUGUUUGGAAAGCAGUCAGCAACCCGAGAGCUGCGGGUACCCGGGCUUCAAGUUAAGUUGCGACGGCCGAGGAACAACAAUCCUGAGACUUCGUCAUUCCGGUGAAUUCUUUGUCCGCGAGAUAAAUUUUCCCAUGCAGCAGAUACAGCUCUAUGAUCCAGGGGAUUGCCUCCCUAAACGACUUCUUCAGCUGAAUCUUUCGGAUUCUCCAUUUUCGGCCAGUUAUUAUGAGAACUACACGUUCCUUGACUGUCCGAUGAAGCUCACGUACUCGGCCAUUGCGUGCCUCAGUAACAGUACUCGCACCGUUCUUGCAUCUUCGGAUGAGAGCUUCGUGAAGACUAUGGCCGCGGUCUGCAGCAUAAUGGUCAGUCGACCAAUCCCGCUGUCUUGGCCCGUUCAAUAUGAUCAGGGCCCUUCAGAUUACCUGAAUCAGGAUCUUCUGCUCUCCUGGUUUACGCCUGACUGCAUAGAUUGUGAGAUGAAGGGUGGCAUGUGUGGAUUUGCGAGCAAUGGCAGUCAGAACAUCGGUUGUUUCAGCAUCCCAGCUACAGAUCGAACAAGCAAGGGUCUCCUGAUUUUCAGGAUUAUAUGCCUCACAGUUGCUUUGCCAGCUAUCAUUAGCUCCAUCGGGAUCGGGGUCUUCAUUUGCUGCACGGACCGAAGACUAGGCAGUAACAGGGCUAGCAACUCGCUGCAGAGCAUCGAUCCAGCCGCGGUGACCCCACAACCGAGCAUUGUGACGGUUGGCCUGGACGAAUCCACCAUCGAAUCUUUCACAAAGAUAGUACUUGGUGAGAGUCUUCGCCUUUCAGGACCCAAUGACAAUAUUUGCCCGAUAUGCUUGGCUGAGUACCGGCCCAAAGAGAUCCUAAGGUGCAUACCCAAGUGUACACACUGCUUCCAUGCAGAGUGCAUCGAUGAAUGGCUCAAGAUAAGCAGUAUGUGUCCGGUUUGCAGGAACUCUGCGUCACCGGUCCCUCCUGAUGAUACUUGAUGGAUCUCUAACUUUUUCUCGCUGUACUGGUGCAAAACCUCCAUAGCUUACGGCCAUUUUUCUUCUUUCAACUUUCUUUAAACUUACAGGGUCAAUCCUCUUAACCACACAAAUUAUUUUGAAGAAAAGAUUUGAUUCCGGGUGUUUUUUCUCAAGAACAUAAACUGUGCAUCUGCUUACAGAAUACAUUGAGUCCAUGCUUUCUUCCAAAUAACAAAAUGCAGGCGCAAAUCUUGCUGGAAUUUAGAACAAUUGACUUUAACAGGCAAAG